GUAUAUUCUUAGAGACUGGCUGAAGCAAUUUCGCAUCCUUGUGGCCCUAAGUCCUGCUUCCACCAUGAAACAGGUACCAAGACAGUCCUGUUUCCACUGUGAAGGAAUAAAUGGAUGCUCUGACACAUGGCUACCAUUGCUGACCUGACCACUCCCAAGAAGCACCAAUCUAGCAUUGCUUGCUAGACUGAAGCUCGAUCAUGUUUCAUUUUAGUCUAAUCAAAAGAUUUGCUUGCAAGCCUUCAUUCCAAACGAUCCCAGUGCCCUCCAUACAAUCAGAUAAUGACAAUUGUGAGUUUCUAGUGGCGUGCUUCUUCACAUAAUUUAAAAAAAUGCUGCAUUGAAGUGCUGAAUAGGAGAAGAGCAAGUUAUUAUUUAGAGGAAGAGGAUUCCCAAUUGUGGAACAAAGUAAUUCCUUGUACCCUGGUUCUAAAUAAAUGUUUCUUUAUUUUUGAAGUUGCGUGACCCCCUGUCGUGGUCUUUUUUGCACGCAUGUCAGAAAGCAGUCAUGAGUGCAUUGUAGUUAGCAGUGAGAGCUUGUUUGUACAGGGUCUUUGACGAAGAGCUCACUGCAUCUAUUGACUCCCCAGGAUGUCUGAAGUCACAAGCUUGGCUGGAGCACAUGAGCCCAGAUAAAGAAGAUGGUUUUGCCCUCCUGAAACAAAGCCAGAAAUUUGAUCUCCUUUAUUGUGCACUUUGGGUCAUGUGCUAAUGAUGAGGGUUUCUCUAAUACUAAUCCCCCUAAUGAAGGCUUCUCCCAGCCCUUACACAAACCCACACGGCCCCGUGGCUUGACAAGCGAGAGAGAAUAAAGGCAGCAUGGUGUUUGGCUUUUGAACUGAGUUCAAGGCAAUUAAAGUCAAGAGCUAAGGAGAGAAGAAGAGGGUUUAGAAAUACCAGCAUAAUAAGUAGUAUGACUGGGUGCUCUGUAAAUUAACUCAAUUAGACAAAGCCUGAUUUAACGGGGGAAGAUGGUGAGAAGCGCUACCCUCAUUAAAUUUGGUUGUUAAAGGAGCUUCUGAGGAAAUUAAAUCUGUUAGUUGUUUGAAUCACAUAAAAUAGUGUGUGCAUGUUCAUGUACACAUGUGCACACAUGUACCUUCUGUGAUUAUUGUGGUUUUUUUUUUAAGAGGAGAGAAAUAGAAUACAAAGAAAAAGAAAACAUACCGAACAAAAAGACUGAAAGAGUAGAAGAUAAGGCGAAAAGUGGGAUAGAGCUCUCCCAAUUAUAAAGCCAUGAGCCCUCUUUGGUGGGGGCUUCUGCUCAGUUGCUUGGGCUGCGAAAACCUGCCAGGAGCCUGGGCUCAGUUCCCCCGAGUCUGCAUGACAGUGGACAGCCUGGUGAACAAGGAAUGCUGCCCACCCCUGGGUGCAGAGUCGGCUAAUGUCUGUGGCUCUCAGCAAGGCCGGGGGCAGUGCGCAGAGGUGCAAGCUGACACACGGCCCUGGAGUGGUCCCUACAUUCUACGAAACCGGGAUGACCGGGAGCAGUGGCCAAGAAAAUUCUUCCACCGGACCUGCAAGUGCACAGGAAACUUUGCCGGCUAUAAUUGUGGAGACUGCAAGUUUGGCUGGACCGGCCCCAGCUGCGAUCAGAAGAAACCAGCAGUGAUUCGGCAGGACAUCCAUUCCCUGACUCCUCAGGAGAGAGAGCAGUUCUUGGGCGCCCUAGAUCUCGCAAAGAAGAGCAUACACCCCGACUAUGUGAUCACCACACAGCACUGGCUGGGCCUGCUCGGGCCCAAUGGGACCCAGCCGCAGUUUGCCAACUGCAGUGUUUAUGACUUUUUCGUGUGGCUCCAUUAUUAUUCUGUUAGAGAUACAUUAUUAGGACCAGGGCGCCCCUACAAGGCCAUAGAUUUCUCACAUCAAGGACCUGCUUUUGUUACCUGGCACCGGUACCAUUUGUUGUGUCUGGAAAGAGAUCUCCAGCGACUCAUUGGCAAUGAGUCUUUUGCUUUGCCCUACUGGAACUUCGCCACCGGGAGGAACGAGUGUGAUGUGUGUACAGACCAGCUGUUUGGGGCAGCAAGACCAGAUGAUCCGACUCUGAUUAGUCAGAACUCAAGAUUCUCCAGCUGGGAAACGGUCUGUGAUAGCUUGGAUGACUACAACCACCGAGUCACCUUGUGCAAUGGAACCUAUGAAGGUUUGCUGAGAAGAAAUCAAAUGAGAAGAAAUGGUGAGAAAUUGCCAACCUUAAAAGACAUACAAGAUUGCCUGUCUCUCCAGAAGUUUGACAAUCCUCCCUUCUUCCAGAACUCUACCUUCAGCUUCAGGAAUGCCUUGGAAGGGUUUGAUAAAGCAGAUGGGACUCUGGAUUCUCAAGUGAUGAGCCUUCAUAAUUUGGUUCAUUCCUUCCUGAACGGGACAAGCGCUUUGCCACAUUCAGCCGCCAAUGAUCCCAUCUUUGUGGUUCUUCAUUCCUUUACUGAUGCCAUCUUUGAUGAGUGGAUGAAAAGAUUCAAUCCUCCUACAGAUGCCUGGCCUCAGGAGCUGGCACCUAUUGGUCACAAUCGGAUGUACAACAUGGUUCCUUUCUUCCCUCCAGUGACUAAUGAGGAUCUCUUUCUAACCGCAGAGCAACUUGGCUACAGCUAUGCCAUUGAGCUGCCAGUUUCAGUUGAAGAAACUCCAGGUUGGCCCACAACCCUCUCAGUGGUCAUGGGAACGCUGGUGGCUUUGGUUGGUCUUUUUGUGCUGCUGGCUUUUCUUCAAUAUAGAAGACUUCGAAAAGGAUAUACACCCCUAAUGGAGACACACUUAAGCAGCAAGAGAUACACAGAAGAAGCCUAGGGUGCUCUCAUCCCUUACCCAAGAGAAGAGGCUGGCCAAGCCAUAGUUGUGACCCUGACAAUAAAGGAAUGAAUCCUCACUGUUCCUUUUUGAGUUGAAGAUCUCUGACAUAAGUUCUUCUGCAGUGAAAAUGACCUCAUUCAGAAGAUGCUUAGCUAUAGUUUCCACUUUGCUUGUUUGUUUAACAAACCCAAACUAAAGUGCUUGGUGCUACCUCUAUCUUCAAACAAAAAUAGACCUGAAAAUUUGUGGUAUCUGAUAAUAAUCCCGUACAUUGAUUAAGCCUCCUCCUGUUCUGAAAGCAUUUUAAAAGACAAACAAAAAAUCCCCAAAUAUCGAUCCAGGGAAGUCAUUUACAUUUGCAGGUCAGUGCAAUUUGAGACCUGGCCAAGACCAUGCAUCAAUCUUUCUUAGCCCCAGUGUCUUUAUUGGUGAUGGCAUGAAGGUGGGAGGUGGGAGGUGUUAGAUGAAUCUCCAGGAUCUCUUUUAAUUAUAAACAUAUCUGCUUCUAGGCACCCUCCUGAUUAUCUUCCUUGGGCUUCUUUUUCUUCUUUUCUCUAUCUUUUCCUUUCCAGCUUAGAAGAUGAGAAUUAGCCUUGUUUUCUAUAUAGUAUGAAGAAUGACUAAAUGAAGGAUUAACUCUGCUCUAUGGUGUAAAUUUGAUUUUACGGAUUUUACUUAAAAUCUGCAGUUUUAAACGGUAGACCUAUAUUACAGGAUUCAAUAGCUGGAUACACAUCGAUGCUAUAGUGAUAAAUAGAGAAGAUAAUAAAAUUACAGAGCUUCCUAGUGACUUGAUAUACUACUCUAAACCUAUUAACAAAUAUAGAAUUACUUUUUUCAAGGAAGACUGACUGAAGGCUGGCAAGGUUAUCAACCUGAACAUGAGACAAUCUGACUUGAGUUCCAUUACUCUGAGGUCUCUUCAGCUAAUUCUGAACCAAUUUCUUCGCUAGGUAGCCUCAGAUGAAAAAUUCUUCCUACAUAAUGCACUUGGCAUAUUUUUAAGCACUGGUAUUAGAUUCAUUAAUGCUGCAGUAUACUCACAGUUACUUGUGAAUGCUGAUUAAUUGAGUCUUAUCAUUUGAAAGCAAACCAUCUGUACAAAACAUAACAAUUCAGAAUUCAGUGGUUAUGUUCUGCUCUACAAUCAUCAGAUCAUGAGAAAUAAGAAUGAGGCAAUCUUUACUACAAUGUUCAGACAUCAUGAUGGGCCCCACUUCAGAGAAGUUAAUGGCUCUUAAGAUUUUCAGACAAAUUUCAUAUGCCCAUAGCUGGUAUCUGUGCAUCAGGAGUGAGACUGAAGUUCUAGGGCGUGGUUUGUCUGUUGGGGCCUCUCUCUACUGGAAUGAAUGUCCAUAAAGAAUGGGUGUUAAGAGGGCCCUGGAGCUGCCUUCUACAUAAGGGAGGCCCAGAGGUCGCAAGAUUCACCAAGAACCAGUUUACCCCUGCAACAGGACUGCUAAAGCCAGAGAAAUGGACAAAGCCCAGUUGGAACUGAAUUUGAGUUUGAAUCUUAUAAAGUUACAGGUGCAUCUGAGAGCAAGCACAGUGGUGAAGAUCAAGCUAGCCCGGAGUCCUUCUUGGGGGUAAAGACCUGCUUGGGCUUUUUAGCCACAGCCAUACGCAUACCUCCCAAUUAUUGUCAUUAACAAUAUUCAUGGAAAAUACAGCACUGUAUCUUUCACAUGCUGCAUUCUGGAAGGUUUAUGUUCUGAGCUCAGGAUAGUUGGGGAACACAUUUUAAAAUCUUGCUUUUAAACCAAAAAAGAAAUAUUUUAAAAUGAAGAUAUAAUUGUGCAUGGUACAUAUGUUCCUGCAAAGUGAUGUGUAAAUCAAUUAUAUGUUAAAAGCACCAGGGGAAAUUAAUUUUUAUAGGUGAACUAUUAUGAAUAAUUAUAUAAAGCAAAUAACCACCUCUAGCUUAUCUUUCAGGUAUGUCAGAAUUCUCAUAUAUCAUAUUCUCAUAAGAUUUGGUUAAAGCAAGAUCUCUCUUAGGUAGAAAAAAAUAGUAAUCAAUUAUACUUAGUUACUUUUAUCUAUAGUGUGGGCAACUUUUUACUAUUGUGUUUCAUAAUGUCUUCCUAAGAGAAAUAAUUUCCUAAUUUUGUAGUUCAUGUAAGACGAAUACAAUUUUCUAGCAUUUUCUGACCUUUCAAUAAAUUAAUUAGGAAUGCAUUUUAACAAAUAUUAAGGUAGGGUAAACCAACAGAAUAAAAAGUUGGUAUUUACAUUGAAUAUAAUGCAAAUAAACUCAGAAAAUGUCACCAAAUACUUUGGGCUAUAUUUCUCAAUGAUGGGGGAAGAAUUCAACCUUGAAGAAAAUGAACAGAUUGCUUUAUGCUCACAUCUUCAGUAUUAGAAAAACUGCAUGUAUGAUUUUAAUAGAUAUGCUUUUUAUAAAGCUAACAUUCAGAAAUGGGAUAAAAUGCAAUAACAUCUUUCCUUUGUGCAUUAAAUUUCCUUCUAAUCCUAAAAUUCUUAGAUGUUAAUUUGUGCAUUAAAUUCCCUUCUAAUUCUAAAAUUCUUUGAUAUUGUAUCUUGCUUAGGAUUUAACAUUGUUAAUUAUAAUACUUUUAAUGAUUAGUUUUAAUCUCAUGUUAUUAAGAAGUAGAAAACUUAUUAAAAAGGAAAGUAAAAAUAAAUGAUGUUUUGCAGAUUAUUGUUUA